AUGUCUAGUGAUAUAGAGAUUUCUGGUAGUCGUAAUACCUUUGACACGGAAUCUUCAACUAAUAAUGAUGACUCCUUGGAAAUCUCUAAAGGCCGUAAACAAUUUAACUCAUCGGAUAAUGAUGAUAAAAAUAAUGAUGAUAAAAAUAAUGAUAAAAAUAAUGAUGAUUCCUUAGAUAUUUCUAGCAGUCGUAGUGAAUUUAGUUCGUCAACUAAUUCCGAUGACAGUUCACUAGAAAUUUCCAGUGAUCAGAAUUUGCAAAUGGCAUCUACUUCUGAUAGCUGCAUUAUUCCAAUGGACGAUAGCGAUAGUCUCUUUAUUCCAAAAGUGACUGUUCCAAUAUUUUUAAAAGAUAGUAUCUAUGAAGACUUUUAUUUUAACUGUUAUGGAAAAGAACUUAUGGAAACAUUCAUCUUAUUAAAUGAUGACUCAUUGAUUCGAGUUUUAGGUGAUAAAUGUAUUAAAGGGUGUGUAAAGGAUAAUACGCACUCAAUUUUUAGAAUUUCUUUGUUAAGCAUUAUCUUUGAUUUUGAUAAUUUUACUAAGCUAUUAGAAAGUCAUCCUGCGUUUAUAUAUAGUGUUUUAACUAAAAUAGCAUUUGUUCUUCCUUCUCUUUCUGUGAACCAAAAAUCAACUUCUUCACAUUUAUCUAGUCAUGGAGUAUACUAUCAUUUAAAUAAGACAUCCUUUAUUGAUCAAUUGGCUUCUAAUAUUUUCAAAAUUUUUCCAUUUUCUUCCAUUAAACAUCGGGUUAUAGACCCAUUAGUAAAUGUUUAUUAUUCAAAUUAUGCUUCAACAAAACUUUUAAUACCUUUACCAAAUUUUGUUUCUUAUCCAAAAGAAUAUAAUUUUUGGAAUGAUUUAUGGCGACCUAAACCUAAUUAUUUAGGUGCAUUUUUACUUCCAAUUGUAACAUCAAUUAUAUGGCUUAGAAAUGAUUAUAUGCCAACAUCAAUGGCCACUAUUUCUACUUUACUAUUAGAAAUAAAAUUUCUUUUAUUUUUUCGGGCAACAAAAUUUUUUGGUGUUUAUUUUUCUAUAAUCCUUGGAGUGGCACGAAAAGCAUUUUCAUUCUUGAUGAUAUUAGGGUUUAUCAUAUUUGCUUUUGCACAUUCUUUACAUUUAAUAUUACGUCCUAAUACUGAAGUGUCUUUGGAUCAUCCAAGUUAUUCUUCUGAUCAAAAUAAUCCGUGGAAUUUAGUUACAAAAUAUAGCAUUAUAGAAUCAAAUGGUACUAUCGAUGAAAAUCCUUCACUACUUCAAUCUCCUACUACAUCUACGAAUAUGUUUAUGGCGAUAGGCACUGCAAUUUUAGCUGUUUAUAUGAUGCUUACGGAUAUGAACGAUAUUUUUAUACCUUUUGAAGAUAUUAAGUGGACGGGACCAAAGCUUGGCCAAGGAUCUUUUGGUAACGUUACUCUUGGAGAAUAUAGAGGAACUAAAGUCGCUGGUAUUAUUUUCAUUCUAUUUGGUAUGAGCGAAAUUAUUUAUGAACUUAGAAAGCAUAAAAAACUUAAAAAUGAAAACAUAAUUGAAUUUUGUGGAGUGGUAAAAUCCCCAAAUGAUAAAACAUUUUUGGUGACGAAAUAUAUAGAAAAUGGAAAUUUACGUGAUUACCUUUCAGAAAAUUAUCUUGAUUGGAAUAUAAAAACAAAAAUGGCAGUUGAUAUCGCAAAUGGAUUAUUAGAAUGUCAUAAUAAUGAUAUCAUACAUUCGGACCUAAAAGCUGAAAAUAUUUUAGUGGAUAAAGACUUGACAUUAAAAAUUGCCGACUUCGGUUUAAGUAUUACAAAAGCUGAAUUGGACAUUGGAAUUACGGGUGGAGGGUCACUUAAAUGGUGUGCACCUGAACGUUUUUCUGCUUCCACAAAAUUUAAGCAAAAGUACGCAAAUAAUCCGAAGACGUCAAAGAUAUUUGGCGAAAAAAUGGUAAAAUUCUAUAAAAAUCAGCCAUAUCUCUCAGUUGUGUGGGAAAUUGCUACAAACGGCAUGACACUUUAUUCUGAUCUUAAUGAAGAGAAUCUUAUGGAAGCUAAGUCUCAAGAUAAUAUUGGUGAUUUAAUCGAUAUUCUUGAAGAAAAAGAUACUCCGGGCCCAUUAAGACGUAUAGUCAGAGAAUGUUGUAAAUUUAGUCCUGAAAAACGUAUGACUUUAGAGCAAGUUGCAAUUGAACUUUUAAACUAUCUUCACACUAAAGAUAGAUAUUAA